CCAUGUGCUUCGAGUGGAGCUCGAUCUGGCAUCUAACCCUUCUCCCGAUGUAUAAAAGUGAGUAGAAAUUCUUGAAAUUCUGCAUCUGAAGUUACAUCAAAUAGCUCUUACACAAUGAAAUCCGUACUCGCUGCUCUUAUCUCUGCCCUUGCCCUCCCAGCGUUUGCAGUACCCGCAAAUGUUACAUACGACCCUAUGUACACCAACCCCAAUUCGUCCCUCGCUGCUGUCUCGUGUUCUGGCGGUUCGAACGGUCUUUUGACCAAGGGGUAUACCACCUUCGGCUCCAUUCCUUCAUUCCCCAACAUCGGAGGUAUUCCAGGUGCCAUCUGGAACUCCACCUUGUGCGGCACCUGCUGGAGCCUCCAAUACACUGCGUCCUACGGCGUCCAAACUACCAUCUUCAUCACUGCCGUCGAUGCUGCUUACACAUUCAACGUCUCCCCGCAGGCAUUCAAUGAGUUGAAUAAUGGCACCGGCUUUGAGUCCGGCAAAAUUGCUGCCGAAGCCAUUCAGGUCGCCGCGAGCAACUGUGGCAUGUAGUGGCAUGCAAUUACCCUAGAGGGUUUUCUGGUGUGCUGGAAACAGUUGAAAGUAUCGAACAAGAGGUUCUUGGGAAUUGGUCGGAGCAACUUGUAUGUUGUGGUUCG